AUGGGCAAGUGGUCAUUUUUUGGAUGGUUUUGUUUAAAACCAGAAGAUGUUGAAGUUCCUGCUUUUAAUUAUGUUGGUGUUGCUAUUGCUUGCCUUAGUGGUGCCGUAUUUCUUGCUAUUCGUGUGGGUAUCGUGCUAGCAUUAUCGACCUACUAUGAUGUAUAUAUUCUUCUGAAGCGUAAUCGUCCUUAUGUAUAUGUUGAAAGCAUAUUACCAGCAUUUAUUUCACGCAUUAUGUGGGGUAUUGCACAAGCUGGCUUUAUUCUUGCCAAUAGUACAUUAAGUCAAGCAAUUUCAUUUCCACUUAUAUCAAUAGAACCAACAACGGUUGUUGCACUUUGGUCAAUCUUAUAUUUUAAGGAUGUUGCAGCAUUGAAAAAUUAUCUAAUAUUUGUUUUCGGAACUGUACUUAGAAUUAUUGCUGCUGUAUUCAAUGUUUUGUCUAAACCAACAUCAAAUUGA